UAAUAAGUUUUUUGCAGCGGUCGGAAUAGCAAGACGCUACGUUGCCAGUCGCAUUUCCGACCAGCGCCGUGCAUUCACUCGGUGACUAGGUGGCGGUGCAGUUAUCAUUCAGCAAGCAGGUAACGAUGAGUAUUCAAGCAGCGAUAGGACUCCCGAUGGCACUGGUGUUGUUUGUGGUAUUUCUGGCGAGGCUAAUGACCUCCGCCUCGAUCCCUCCAUCUUUCACCACGACCCCGCCGCCCCUCGCCAAGCCCAGCGCUGACCUGCUCGCCCUCUCCAAAGACUACUGGAACUGGAAGACACAGGAGUUCCCUCAGUUUUCCACGCAGCUGGGCAUCAACGACGACACCGCAGCCCGCCUGGACUCUUACGAUAAGCAACGCCUGCAGAAGCGGAAGGCCAAGUGUGAGGAGUUCCUGCAGCGGGCCAACAAGAUAGACACCACCUCGCUCUCGACGGAAGACUUGAUCACCCUGAAGGUGUUCAAGGAGGAAAUGAAUACCUACGUGCAGAACUUCCCUUAUAAGAAGUACUACGCGCCCGUCACCUUCAUGUCUGGGCCUCAAGAAUCCCUCAGGUAUAUGGUGGAGAAAGAAGUGGUUCUCGACUCUUACAACGAUUAUGAGAAGCUCCUCUCAAGGUACAGCGACUUUCCCAGACAGGCACAGGAAAUCCUCACACUGCUGAGGGAAAACAUAAAGGACAACAUCAUGCCUUCCAAUUGGUCCAUGGUGGGCGUGAUGGAUCGGUUUGACAGUCUGAUCGGCCCCGUGGAGGAUUCAUUGUUCUAUAAGCCAUUCGUCAACAUGUCCGACACCAUCACCGCAGAGCAGAGAACCACACUGAGGCAGCAGGCCCAGGAAAGAAUCAAACAGGACCUUAUUCCCUCGUUCAAGGAAAUUCGUAACUUCAUAGAGAACCAGUACCUGCCGGCCACCCGAACUGAAGUGGGGGCGUCGUCGUUGCCUGGCGGAGAGGCUUACUACCAGGCAUGUCUCAAAUUCCACACCACUACAGACCUGACGCCGCAGCAGAUCCACGACCUGGGCCAGAAGGAGGUGGCGAGGAUCGAGGCGGAAGUGCAGAAGACGGCUGCAGAAAUUGGGAUGAAAGGCAAGACUUUGUCUGAGAUCAGCCAGGCCCUCAUGACUGACCCGGCACAAAGGUUCAGCAGCAAGAAUGAUCUCCUGGAGACCUUCAGAAACACCGUCUACAACGACAUCUAUCCCCGGGUGAAGCAAAUGUUCCCCAGAUUGCCACAGACCAACGUCACAGUUGAAGGAGAUGAUAACCCAGAUGCUGUCAUUGCGAGGUACAGCGAACCAUCCAUAGACGGCUCGCGCCUCGGCAGUUUCAUCAUCAACACUCACUCCUUUGAUACCUUGAAAAAGUACGAAGUGAUGGCGCUGUCCCUGCACGAGGCGUACCCUGGCCACCACCUGGAAGCCGUCUAUGCAAAGCUGAACCCAUCUAACCACACCUUCCGCAAGUAUGUCGACUUCACCUCAGACCUGAACGCCCCAGCGAGGUUCCCGCUGCGCACCGCCAUAAUUGAGGGCUGGGGUCUCUACUCCGAAUUUCUUGGAGAGGAACUCGGCAGCUAUACCGAUCCUUAUCAGAAGAUGGGCCGCCACUCCUUCGAGCUGCUGCGCGCCAGUCGUCUUGUGGUGGACACAGGCAUACACGCGCUGGGCUGGUCCAGGGACAGGGCUGUGGCCUUUCUGAUGAACCACACGGCAUUUUCCGAGAAAAAUGUACAGGGUGAAAUCAACAGGUACAUUACUUAUCCAGGGCAAGCUUGUGCCUAUAAGGUUGGCGAGAUCAAAAUAAAGAAGCUAAGACAGAGGGCCGAGGAAACUCUAAACACAAGUUUUCAGCUCGCAGACUUCCAUGACGUCUUGCUGAGUUGCUUAACAUCACUGAAGAUCGUGGAGGAGUGUGUCAUGAACUAUAUUGGAUCCGCUACACACAGUACAGCUUAGACACUCAGCUAAAGCAGUGGUACAGCACGUCAUGAGACCACACCUUUGAGACGCGUGAGUGGACGGUUUACUUAGUAAUGGCAGCUUCAAAUCCGUGUAGCCUUGUAUAGUGUUUGCUAUCGUGCUGUAGCUAUGUAUUAUUUAUUUACUCUUCAUAGAUUAAUACACUCAUGAAUAACGCUCCAUUAUACGAAUAAAUUAUAUUAAUC